AUGGCAGCCCCAUCUAUGAAGGAAAGGCAGGUUUGCUGGGAAGCCCAGGAUGAGUACUGGAAGCGUUUAGAUGAGAACACAGAGGAUGCUUCUCAAUGUAAGAAGUUAAGACGAUCAUUUGGAUCAAACUGUCCCCAACAGUGGAUAAAAUAUUUUGAUAAAAGAAGAGACUACUUGGCUCGAGACUACUUAAAAUUCAAAGAAUUUGAAGCAGGAAAAUUCCAGCCUUCAAAAACAACUGCAAAAUCCUAG